UGGUAGAAAGUCUCGCUUCUCACGAUCCUGGCGCAGGAUAAAAUUGCUAUACAUCACUAGCAGGUGGGAGCGGAGCAGCACGACAUGCCUUCACACUCCAACGCAUGCAGGUUAAUGGCGUGCAGGUCCGUCCCAACGGUCCGUUUCGAAACACACCUGCCGUUUUUUGAAUGUAUGUGUGUGCAUCUGUGUGCUUGUGCGCUCAGGAUUUUCUCGUUUACAGUGUUUUGUCUGUGCACGUAUCCUUGUACUUUCCCACACUCGCUGAGUAUCUGGUGUAUCGUUCUGGCUGCUUGCCUCAACCCUCGUUGUCCCGACCUGCUGUCGGCUUGGGUUUCGUUUUUGGUCCUGUGCGGGUAUAAAAGGCAGACAUCUCAGAGGAUCAGACAUCAUUCGAGGACUACGCUUCGUACAGUAAACAACUCAGCAACAGCUACAUCUCAGCUAAACAGCAACACAACAAAUUCAAAAUGUGCCAGAACAAGAACAUCAUCAACAACAACAUGAACACCAAGACCAACAAGAAGACCUACAGCGUGAAGAAGCUGCUGCAAAAGAUCUUCAAGCAACAACAACAAGUCGAGGAGCAGCAGAACAUGCAAAACACACACAAGGCCAACUCACUGGAGUCUCUGGAGUCCAUUGAGAAUAGCCGCAACGCCGAUCUCGAGUCCAUCGUCAACAAAUCCUGCGCUGACUCUCUCGAAUCCUAUGAGAACGAGGCCAAUGAGCGUCUCUCCGCCUCCUGCGAAAUGGAGGACUACGAGCUCGAGCAAUUGCCCACCGUGCCAGUACACUUUGUGCGCACCGCCCAUGGCACCUUCUUCUGGACCGCCGCCUCCGAUCUGCCCGCCGACAACGAUCUCAUCGAGCCACUCUACUGCAGCACAGCCAACGAGAUCGCCGUCGCACAGUUCCAGGAUCGCUGGGUGCAAGCCUAA